CUUGAAUUCGAAAAAAAGGUUUUCUUUUUCCUUGUUGUGUCUGGAGAGUUUUGAUUUACUCAUUAUAAUAUGAGAUUAUAUAAUUUUUCCCAACCUAAGCCUGCAGAAACAACCACACACACAUUAACACACAGACACAAACAUCACAGAAACACAUUUUUCAGAACUGGAGCUUGACCCGCAAAAAAACUUGAAAAGACAGGUUUGCUGUAAACGCGUACCAUGACAUUUUGAGGAAAAGGGGAGUGAACGGAAGUGACAAGAGUAUUUAUGACAGCGCAGCUGAUUCCCUCUCUGACAACAGACUGAGGACAGACUGCAGAGGUUCACACUCUUAAGACACGCUGAAGACCGCAAAGGUGAGCACUGUUGAAAAGGUAAGUGAUUUUUCUUUGACUUGUGGCUAGUUUCAUCGGGAGAGACAAAAGGAAGGGCUGAGAAAUUAUUUUGGCGUGAAUGAAAACACUGGCAAAACUGAUUUAAUAGAAACUUUAGAUUGACUAGAACUAGAAAACAUUAGAUGCUAAAAAUGAUAUGUGAUGGUAACACUAAAUGGGCAUAAUCUCAUGAGAAAGAGGGAAAAAAACAUAUUAUACAUUUGGGUUGUUUCAUGAUCCAACUAUAUUUUUUUUGCACUGUCAUAUGAACUGAGCAUAUACCAACAGCAGAAAAAGUCUGUUUUCUUUAAAAUGACUAAAAGUAAUUCUCUCAUAAACAUUCAUGUUCCUCAGAAUCACACUGGUUUUACAGUCAUGGGCAUUCGCAUAACCAGAAUAAAACCUGUGGACCAUGACUCCACACCGCCUCCACCUCCUGGCGUCGCCGUGGAAACGGGUGAGGUGGACCUUGCUCGGCGUGACCGCUCGGCCCUGCGCCGGCCGUCCAUCUACAGCACCAUAGACACGGCGCCACAGCACGGUUUCUAUGCCAACGACACCAUGACGGGACGGAUGCAGCACAGUAGGCCCUCGCUGGAGUUCCUGCGGUCGGUAAACUGGGCCCUUCCUCCGCCUCCAGCAGAGGAUUCUGGGAAACCCGCAGGCGAGCCGGUGCGCUUUGGCUGGUUCAUGGGAGUCACGGUUCGUGUUAUGCUUAAUAUCUGGGGAGUUAUUUUGUUCCUUCGUUUGACCUGGAUCACGUCUCAAGCUGGCAUCAUUCUCACGUGGGCCAUCAUUCUCAUGUCUGUUGUCAUAACAGUCAUCACUGCCAUGUCAGUCUCCGCCAUCUCCACCAAUGGGAAGGUGUAUUCAGGGGGCGCUUACUUCAUGAUCUCCCGAACCCUGGGCCCAGAAAUGGGGGGUCCCAUUGGGGUAGUCUUCUCUUUCGCCAACGCCCUGGCGUGUGCGCUGAACACGGUCGGAUUUGCUGAAACUGUCCGAGACCUUCUACAGGAAUACAACGCACAGAUGGUCGACCCAACUAAUGAUGUUAGAAUAAUAGGUGUGCUGACGGUCACGGCUCUGCUCUUGAUAUCAAUGGCUGGUAUGGAAUGGGAGUCUAAGGCCCAGCUCCUCUUCUUCGGCGUGCUGCUCAUCUCCCUUGCCAACUACUUUGUGGGCACUGUGAUCCCUGCCAAUGAGGAAAAGCAGGCCACUGGAUUCUUCAGCUAUCGCAAGGAGAUCUUUGUGUCCAAUCUCCUGCCUGACUGGAGGGGGGCCGAGGCAGGCUUCUUCCAGAUGUUUUCCAUCUUCUUCCCCGCCGCCACAGGAAUCCUCUCAGGAGUCAACAUUUGUGGAGAUCUGAAGGAUCCAGAAUCAGCUAUUCCAAAGGGGACACUGCUUGCCAUAUUCUGGACCACUAUUAGCUACUUGGGUGUUGCCAUCGUUGCAGGUGCCUGUGUGGUCAGGGAUGCUUCUGGAAACUUGAAUGACAGUCUGCCUGUGAACCACACAGGCAUGUGUGAGGGACUGGGUUGUGGGUUUGGAUGGGAUUUUGAUGCAUGCGAGCAGAACAAAACCUGCCUUUUCGGACUGGCCAACGACUUCCAGGUUAUGCGCAAGGCCUCUGGGUACGGGCACCUGAUCACUGCAGGGAUUUUUGCAGCCAGUUUGUCCUCGGCCCUAGGGUUCCUGGUGUCUGCACCAAAGGUGUUCCAGUGUCUCUGCAACGACAACAUCUAUCCAUACAUCGGUUUCUUUGGGAAGGGAUAUGGAAAGAACAAUGAGCCGCUACGUGCUUAUCUUCUCACCUUCGUUAUUUCUAUAGCCUUCAUUCUAAUUGCUGAUUUAAACGUCAUUGCCCCUCUCAUCUCAAACUUCUUCCUCUGCUCCUAUGCUCUGAUCAACUUCAGUUGUUUCCACGCCUCCAUCACCAACUCUCCAGGUUGGAGGCCAUCCUACAAGUACUACAGCCCCUGGGCUUCCCUGUUUGGUGCAGUGAUCUCAGUGAUCCUGAUGUUCCUCUUCACCUGGUGGGCGGCUCUCUUCACCUUCUGCAUCAUCCUCUUCCUCCUGGGCUACGUCAUCUACAAGAAACCCCAGGUGAACUGGGGCUCGUCUGUGCAGGCUAGCACCUACAACAUGGCUCUGUCCUACUCAGUGUCUCUGUCAGGGGUGGAGGACCACGUCAAGAACUACAGGCCCCAGUGUCUGGUGCUGACAGGGCCUCCUAAUCUACGUCCAGCGCUGGUGGACUUUGUGGGCUCCUUCACCAAGAAUGUCAGUCUGAUGAUCUGUGGAGACAUCAUCAUGGAAGGGGAGAGUUCAGAUGUCCCCCAGCGUAACACAGACACCCUGAUCAAAUGGUUGAAUCAGAGGAAGGUCCGCUCCUUCUACACCCGCUUCAGUGGAAACGGUCUGAGGGAGGGAGCUUGUAAUCUGCUGCAGAGCACAGGCCUGGGCAAGAUGAAGCCUAACAUCCUAGUGAUGGGAUUCAAAGCCAACUGGCGAGAGAGCGCCCCCACGGGUUUGGAGGACUACAUUAGCACCAUAAAUGACACAUUUGAUUCCAACUAUGGAGUUUGCAUUCUGAGGAUGAUGGAUGGUUUAGACAUUUCAGAGGAGAUAGAGACUGAAGAGGAGGAGCUCUCUUCAGUGAACCCAGCCUUUGAUGCCAGUGAGGCCGGGCAAACAUGGCCUAGUAAUGACAUGGACAGAGAGUCAGACCAUGAAGAUGUGCCUCCUACUGCUCAGACCAGGACAGUCUUCCAGAACAAACAGGGGAAGAAGACAGUAGACAUCUACUGGAUCUCUGAUGACGGAGGUCUCACACUGUUGAUUCCCUAUCUUAUAACUAGAAGGAAGCGCUGGCAUCACUGCAAAGUCAGGGUCUUUAUUGUGGGUGACCAGCAGACCAUGGAUGAGGAGCGCACAGAGAUGAUGUCAUUGCUGAAAAAGUUUCGAUUGGAUGUAGCUGAUGUUAUUGUUGUGACGGACAGCAAAAAAGCUCCACUCCCUAAGAAUUGGAAGCGUUUUGGGGACUCUCUCGCCCCCUUCAGUCUAAAGGAGGAAGAACAUCGUGACGUACCUGUGCAGGAGUUGCGGAGAGAGAGUCCGUGGAAGGUUUCAGACAAGGACUUGGAAGCCUUAAGACCAAAGUCUGAGAGGAAGGUGCGUCUGAAUGAGAUCAUUCGAAGGAAUUCCAAGCACGCUGCUCUGGUCAUUGUGAGUUUGCCUGUACCCCAGAGUGACUGUCCCAGCUCUCUCUACAUGGCCUGGCUGGACUCUCUGACCUGUGGCCUCCACUGUCCAGCUCUGCUCAUACGAGGCAACCAGCAGAAUGUGCUCACCUUCUACUGCCAGUGAAGAG